AUGACUGAAAGAAUUUACGAUAACAAAUUCGUGGGUGACAAUCAAAAUUAUAAAGAGCAAAUUGCCCAGAAAAACAGCUCACUUACUCGAGGAUCAAACCUGUUAGCAAAUAAAUCGAACAUCUAGCGGCAGUUCUAAGGUGAAUUAGUUUCUAAUGGGAAAAUAAAACUCUAGAUUGGAAGGAAAAAACUAAACAAUAAUAACAGUAACAGCAAUCAAAGUCGAAAUGAAAAUUCUUAAGCAGUUAUAUCAGUCGGACAAUAAAAUUCUUAUAGCUAAAAUAUUGAUGGAACUUAAGGAAGUGGUUUAGUAAACAAGACCUUUUCUAAUCGUACAGUUAAAGGCCCAAUUUAGAAUAUGAUUGGAGCAUAAGGUAUAGGUGAAAUGUAAAAAAUACAAAAUUAGUUGAAUGAUGGUCAAUCUUAAAAAAGGCCCAGAAGACUUCGAAAAAAUUUUGAUCUUUUGACUCAAGCAAUAAAAAAUUCAAAUACAGCUAAAAAAGAUAAAAAAAUUAACUUUUCAACUGACAGCAGAGCCUACAAUAAUACAAGUCAACUAGCACCAUAGAUAUAUUCAUAAAACUAUAUUGGAGAUCAAAGUUCUCCACAGGUCGUCAGUAAUAAAUAUAAAUAGUCAGAUUCAAUUGCAUAAAUCUACUAGUAUGGAGCUAACAUACAGUAGCCAUUCAAAGAUCGAAAAUCAAGUGCUUAUGAUAUAUUAGUAAAUCAGCAAAUGAACUAAGCUUAAUCAUAGAGAGUUCCCUCACAUCAUUCAAACAACAGUACUCAGAAUAAUAUGUCUCUAUAUAGCCACAUAUCUAUUAAAGAAAACACUCAAACACCACAGAAAAGCAAUAUUAGUUACUCUUAAUCGAGGAAUCCAUCAAUGAUGAUUUACCAGAACAUGCCAAAUAACACUCAACCUUUAGUUAUUAGUGACCAGAAACAGUUUAUGAGAGUGAAUGAUAAGAUGAUGCGCAGAUACUUAAUUAGUGAUAAUUAGUAGAUUCAUCCAAAUAAUGGACUUUAAAACUUAAUAAACAGCGGGAGCAAUUCUCAAGCAAUCUUAAAUAUCAACACAGCUUCUGAUAUCAAUAUUUAUAAUAACAGUUUCAUUGUUAAUACAACAUCUAAAAAAUAAAGUCAAUCCUAGAACUAAAGUAGGUCUAAUUCAUUGAAAAGGAAUCAACAACCAGCAAAUGCCCCUAGUAACAUUAACAUUCAUAAUUAAAGAGUCAUAAAGUAGUAGCAGCAUAUGUAGCGCAUCUUAAACCAGAAUUAGACAAACCAAAAUAAUGUCAAUUUAGGAAACAUUUUGUAACAACAUUAAAAUGAUUACCUUGUAAAGUAUCAGAAUAAGCCAUAGAGCUCUUCAGGCAGAAUCAACCCUCAACCAAAUCGACAAUAAUAAUAAUCAUCCUAACAAAGAAAAUACACUUAAAUAGCUGAAGCAUACACUGCUUAAAAUUUCUUUAUCAAUAAUGUUCAAAGCCAUCACAAUCUAUCUCAGAAUCAUAACCUUAAUAAUCCUUCCUUGGGAAUGAUUCAAGGAUCUAACCCUAGAUUCUAUAAUGUUUCUAAAAGAUAAAACUCAAUAAGAUAGGUUGAAAGAUAACCCUCAUAUCCUAUGGUUGAGGAUCCAAACUACUCUCCCAGCAUUAAUGCAGCAGACAAUAAUAAAAAAGCCAAAAUUAGUCAAGGCCUAUUACUAUAGGGUAAAGCUAAACUUCUAGAAAAGGAUUAUGCUAGCGCGAACGAAUUAUUCUCACAAGCAAUUACUAUAGACAAUUAUUUAUACGAUGCAAGAUUUUACAGAGCCUUGAAUAACUGCAUACUCAAGCACUCACAAUACCCAGAUGCAUAUCUAGCACGAGGACAAGCAUUACUUUUAUAGGAAUAAUACGAUCUUGCUCUUCAAGAUUUCUUACAAUACACUAUCUUAGUACCAAAUCAAGGCAUAGGAUACAUUGGAGCUGGAGAUUCCUAAAAAUAAUUGAAAUAGUGGUGGGAAUCAAUAUAGUCCUACUCGAAAGCGAUAAAUAUAUUUAACAAAGCUAAGCCAACUGAUGAGCAGAGGAAUCAACACCUAAUCUCAACCUAUCUAAAGAGAGGACUAUCAUAUUAUUACGUAAAAAAGCAUUAAAACGCUCUAGCUGAUCUACAAAAGGUUAUAUCAACAGACCCUACCUAAUACAAGGCUCAUUUCUACAUAGGUAAAAUCCUUUCCAGACAAUACGCUGUAACUCCAAGAAUUGACGGCAAAGUAGAAGAGGCAUAAAAGAUAUAGAAUGAUGCAAUUUUACAUUUUGAAUAAGUUGUUAAGCAUUAGUUGAAUGAAAUAUACGCUGGAAACGCACUAUUUGAGAUCGCAAAACUCAGACUUAAAGAUAAGGACUUUUAUGAGGCUUAUUUCAAUCUUAAAAGAGCAGUUGACUCUAAUUUCACAUCAAAGAGACUAUAACUAUAUAAAGAUUUUACUGAGGGAGUUUUAUACUUGAUUAAGAGAAAGAUUAAGAAAGGAGUGCAGAUCUUAAGUGAUCUGUUAGAGAUACUAGUAAACAAUAAAGAGAAAAAAGACAAAAAGCAGUUGGAGCAUUUAAAGCAUCAAGCAUACAUCUAUAGGGCUUAUGGAUACGUUGCAAUUGAAAAAUAUGAGGUAGCAUUGAACGAUAUAAAGAAAGCAAAAAAGAUUUCUAGGUUAGAUGCUGCUUCUAUAUACAAUAAACUUCUUGGAAAAGGAAUUUUAAGAAUGGAUCAUGAAGAUUAUUUAAUGGCUACAAAAUAUUUCAACAAAGCAUCUUUAAGAUUUCCACUUAAUAAGGAUCCUUAUUGCCUAUACAUAAUUUCAAUCGUUAGAUCUUACACUUACUCUCUUGCUGAUUUAACUGUUGAUAGUGAGGUAAAAAAGGAAAAUGUGAUGAAUGCUAAAAUAUUUAUGGACUCAGCUAUAAAGAAUUGCUACAAGGUUAGAAUCCCCUCCUUAUUUUUCUUCAGAGGGCUGCUCUAUUUCUAACUUCAUAUGUUUUAUGAAGCAUUAAAAGAUUUCAAUGUCGCUAUUGAGGAGGAAGAAGAGCCAACUGCAAGUUACUAUUUAGCCAGAGGGAGAUGCUAUGCAUGCUUAAGCAUUUUAACUGAAGCUAUGAAAGAUUUAAGCAUCUCUUUGAACAUCGAUGAUUCUUUGCAAGAAGCUUACAUCUAUAGAGGAAAAUGUGCUUACCUCCUAGGUGAUAAUAACUUAGCUUUCUUAGACUUUUAAAGACUAAUUUUGACUGAUCCUAAAAAUCCAAUGGUCCAUGUCUAUGCUGGAAACCUUUUAAUGACUACUGGGGCUUAUUAAGAUGCAAUAAAAGCCUUUAUGAAUGCUGACACUGUAUAAAAGACUGCUGUAGCAGCUUUUUAAAGAGCUAGGUGCUAUUGCGCAUUAACAGAUUUAGAAAAUGCAAAAAUACAAUUCAAGAGUGCUCAAGAUUUAUGUAAAAAUGAAUACUUUGUCAAAAUAGAUAGCUAAUGUCUAAGUGCUCUUAUGAAAGUGAUUGCAAGUUCAAGCUAAAAUCAAGUCAACAAAGAAAAAAUCAUAAAUGAGGCGAUUGACAUAAUGAAUAGCUUAAUGGAAACAUUCAAAUCUCCAAAACUAAAAGAGCUCAAGAAAAAGGAUGCAAAACUUAACAUUCAAGUGAUUCCAAAUGUUAAAAGAAUAAAAAUCGAGAAAAUUGCAGUAGCUAAGGAACUUAUUGCCUCUCAAUCUGAUCAAAAAGAUCUAACAAUCUCAAUUGAUAUGAAUCAAACAAUAGAUUUAGAUUAACUGCAGAAUAUAUCUCUCUAUAGCUAUUACUUUGAAAAUGUGUUCUAACUGGAAGAUUUUUAUCUGUUCAGAGCAGUUUUUAAUUUUUACAAUAAGAAUUACUCAUUAGCCAUUAGUGAUUAUGACUAUUGUAGAGACCAAAGGAUGAAUGAGACAGAUGGAAAUCAAACCUCAAGUAAUAAUAAUAAGAAAUAUAUGAAUGACUCAAGCCCAAUCAAUAAUAAUGAUCACUAGGAGGCCAUGAUGGUUUAUAGUAGACAUUCUUAAAGCUCAACACCAAUUAGUAUGAAUAGUAGUAAGACUGAUCUAUCUGAUGUUGGAUUAUGCUCUUUGAAUACCCAUGAGACCAAUUUCAAUAUUUUACUUUGCUAUUUAAUGAUGGGAGAUUUUUAAAGCUCCUUAUAAAAGCUAAAUGAACUGAUCGGCUAAUCACCAAAGAAGUAUUAGCGAUACUUCUUUUUAUUAAGAGCUUUAGUUUAUGAAAAAUUAGGCCAAAAUGAUAAAUCUGCGAAAGACAUUGCAAAAUUAGAAAAAUAAGAACCUAAACUACAUCAGCAAUACUUCAAAGAAAAUAAGGAGAUAUUUUUUGAACCAUUUCCUAUAAAAAGCAGACUGUGCUCUAAAUUUGAAAGUGUAAAAUUGAUUAUUAAUCCUAAACGACCAUCGAUCUCAACCAAGCCAUCCUUUUCUAUGCCUUUCAUAAAGCCCCCUAAUAUGAUACCUAAUAUAGAUGAAGAGGUUAUUUAAAAUGAGUUUACACUCAAACAAAUAGAUGCUCCAAUGCCAGAAGCACCUUGGAUAAGAAGAUGCGAGUAUGGCAUAAAAUUCACAGAUGAUAUUCUCUAAGAUGAUGAUUUUGAGAUAGAAGAUAAUUAGAUGAAGAGCGAGAUUGAUUAAAAGUAAUAGAAUGAUAAUCUAACUGACAUAGAGAUUUCAAUGCAAAAAGAUCUUUUUGACAAGAAAAAGAAGUAAAUUAUAGAUUAAUCUUAGGAUAUGAAUUAAAAAGCUCCAUUAAAAUCUAAUCAUUAGAAAAAAGCUACAAAAAAUAUGAAGGAUGAAUCACCUUACACAUAAUCAAUAGAGAAUCACAGUGUAAAUCUAAAUGAUAAAAAGCACACUAAUUAAAGAGGAAUUGGAGAAAGAAUACUGUAAAAUGCAGCAGUUUAUCUUGUAGAUAAUGAAGAAGAUGACCAGCUUAGUGAUAAACAUAAGAUCUCGCUAUUUGAUGACUCUAAAUUUGAAGAUAUGACCAUUGAUCAUUCAAAGUCUUAUAACUAUUAAUCAAAAGUAGGAGGUAAAAACCGAAUAUUAGGAAACGGUGCGACAGAAUCUAUUGAUUAAAUAGACGAGCUAAUGCAGUAGCAUUUAAUGAAACAGUCGAGAAAUAGUGGUGAGGAUGAUGAAGACGAUGAUGAUUCCAGUGAGGAUGAGGAUGAUGAGUCAAUGAAAGCAUAGACAUAAAUUGUAUAAGACAGAGAAUCUAUGGUGCUUGUUGGUGAAAAUGUCAUUAAGGGCUUGAAAAAAAAGAAGCUAGAAAAUAAGAGUAAAAGCUAGAAAAACAAUAAUGUGCUUCUUAAUGAUUCGGAAAAUGAAGAAAAGUAAAAAUUACUUUCAGAGUUAGAAUCAAAUAUGGAUCUCGAAGAAGACUUAAAUGAUAGCUAAAAAGACAGCAUAUUUAGAAGUAAAUAGUCAUCGAGGAGAUGA